AUUGUGUUGUAUGCCUCCUCUAUUUCUCAGACAACCAUGUUGGCGAGGAAUUGUCGUCUUGGAAUCACUGGAACAUGCAGCAACCGACUUGGUCCUACCGCUUUUUGAUUAUGGUGAUAUUGUUUGGGGAGAUAAAGAUAAUAUCACGCUGGAAUCUCUUCAAACCCUGCACAAUAAAGCGGCCAAGAUCAUCCUGGAUCGUCCUCCAURCUCCUCAGCAUCUGAUGCUCGGAAAGAACUUAAUUGGAUGGAACUCAGUAAGCGCAGAUACUACCAUCGAUGUUUACAUAUUAUAUUCAAAUGUAAAAACAGAUUAUUAUCAUCAAAUCUAAAACUGAAUAAGCUCAAUGAGCAUGGCUACAACACGAGGCAUGGAAGCAAGUUUCGCUUAACACGACCCAAAACWAACUGGGGAAAACAAACAAUGCAGUUUCAAGCCAUGAAAGAAUGGAACAAUCUGAGUGACACUCUURAACAGUGUUCUAAUAUUAACCAUUUCAAAUCGAAUUUCUUUUAAACCUGUAAACCUAAA